UCGAAUCGCGUGGUGGACGCCACGUUAUCGGUUUUCGCCGGCUUGCUGCCCAAAAAUCACGAGUUUACGAGUUCGGGGGGUGGCGUUUCCACCCGGUCUGAAACUGCGAAACGGCCUAUGCCAAUGCCAAUGUGUGCAGAACAUGCUGCAACAUAAAUUAAAUCGAAUUAAAUCCGCACAAGAUGCACACUAAAGUGAAAAUAUUGCAAUAAUUCGCCUCGCUUGUGUGCUGCACAUUUCCGUUUUCCCGGCCUUAAUACUUAUGCCGCAUUUCAAGUUCGAAACGGAAAGUAAAUGAGCUGAAGUGCCACCGUGAAACGCAGACAAAAAAAUAACACAUGCAACGAAUCCGGCAAGGAUCAACAGCAUUUUAAUUAAACCACAACGAAUUCACUUGAUGGCAAAACAUGAAUACGCAAAAAAGCAUCGUUGUUGCUGUUAAAAUUCCUUACUUGCAUAAAAUAUGAUAUGCAUAAAAUUUUAAUACUGCCAUUUGCGUUAAUUAAACCAUGAGCAAUUCCAAUCACCGGAGCCACACAAAGCCACUCGCUUAAAAAUGCACACUCCCAAGUGCCGUCGUCCGAGCAUGUCGCCGACGCUUUCCCACAAGGACCUCGCAGGACUCGCCGGCUGCUCGGCACUCGCUUUUGUCCUGUACCUAAACACACUUAACGCUGGAUUUGUCUACGAUGACAGGCGCGCCAUCUUGGCGAAUGGCGACGUGACAGGAGCUCGCCCAUUGGCCAAUCUUUUGCGGAACGACUUCUGGGGCACUCCUCUGGUGGACAGCGGAUCCCACGGCUCCUGGCGACCGCUGUGCGUGCUCAGCUUCCGGCUGAACUUCCUCGCCGGCGGAAUGACACCCAUGGGCUAUCACCUGGUCAACGUAAUGCUCCACUGUGUGGCCACGUGGCUGGUGUUCCUGGUGGCGAGAACGGUCCUGCCAUCUCGCAUGGGCGUCCUGGCCGCCGGCGCUCUGUUCGCCGUUCAUCCCGCCCACACGGAGGCGGUGGCCGGAUUGGUGGGCAGGGCGGAUUUGGCCGCGUGUGUUUGUUACCUGCUCGCCUACCUCUCCUACCGUCGCCACAUGAUGAACCGGGAGUGGGGAUCCCUCAUGCUCACCAUUGUCCUGGCGUUGGCAGCACUGCUCUGCAAGGAGACGGCCAUCACGGCGCUGCUGCUGUGCGGAUUGUGCGAUGUCCUGUCGCCUGUCGGUCGGGAAAAUAGCGAUAAGGUGUGUGAUGGAUCCUUCUCAGGAUUAGCUUCUUUCAACUUUCAGCGCCGCAUCCGGUCGCUUAGCAUUUUGGGAUUUACCCUACUGUGCGCCCUCUACUGUCGACUGAGCCUCCUGCCACGCCCCUCCACCGCUUUCUCGGCCGCCGACAAUCCGACGGCCCAUGAAUUCUGUUUUUGGACUAGGACUCUGACUUUUCUGUACCUGCCAGUGGCCAACUUUGGGAUUCUCCUCUGGCCACAGGAGCUAAGCUUCGACUGGGGAAUGGAGGCUGUGCCGCGGAUCAGAACGCUUUGGGAUGCCCGAAAUAUCCUGACGGCUGGCUUCUACGGAUCCCUAAUUGCCAUACUGUGGAAGGGAUCUGGACUGCGUAGGGCAGCCUCACCGAUGGAUUUUGCGGAGGUGGCGAACAUUUCCCUGCCCCUACUGAGACGAUUGGGCGGCAAUAGCUGCCACACCUGGCUGGGCCUCACCUGUGCCUGCCACCACCAACUCUAUGCCCCCAGCUAUCGCUCUGCGUCAGCAAUCUACUCCAGCUCUUCGCCCUCGAAAAGCACCUCAUGGACAGCAGCCCCCAUCUUGGGCACUGCCUUCCUGGUGUUGCCAUUCCUGCCCGCCAGCAAUCUGCUCUUCUACGUGGGAUUCGUAAUGGCCGAAAGGGUGCUCUAUCUGCCGAGUGUUGGCUAUUGUCUGCUCUUUGGCCUCGGUUUCGGCCAUCUCUGGCAGCGGGUCAAUAGCUCCCGGCGAUCCCGCCUGAUGCUCCUCUGCGGCCUGGCACUGCUCCUUGGCAUCCACGGACUGCGCACCUGCAGGCGCAACUUGGCUUGGCGGGAUGAGGAGCAGCUAUUCCGCAGCGCCAUCACUAUAAAUCCUCCAAAGGCUCUGGGCAACCUGGGCAGCGUAUUGAGUGCCCAAGGAAGAUACGAGGAGGCGGAACUCGCUCUGAGAAUGGCCAUUGGACACCGGCCCACCAUGGCUGAUGCUCACUUUAAUCUGGGCGUGGUGCACCAGAAGCAGCUCAACUUCAGCUCGGCAGUUCCAUGCUUUCGCAGGGCCAUCGAAUUGCGACCCCAGCUGGCGGUGGCCUACUUGAAUCUGGGCACAUCCCUGAUCUCCCUGGGCGACCAUCGGCAAGAAGCCAUCUCCGUGCUGCGGACCGGUGCUCGUCUGGAGGGGAGUGGGGUGCGGGAUCGAGGGGCCCACGUGGAGGCUCGCUACACCUGCUACCUGCAACUGAGUGUCCUUUACCGCUCCGAAGGAAGACUUCAGGAUGCUGCUGCGGCGCUGAGGGAAUCCCUAAAAGCUCUGCCUUUGCUGCCUCAAAAGCAGAGGGCUGUGCUGCAUCUGCGACUCGGCGAAAUCCUGGCGGAGCUGCAGGAUUGGAACGAGGCCGAGCAUCAGCAGAGAUUGGCCCUGCAAUUGCAGCCGGAGCAGGGGGCAGUCUACGUCACCUAUGGCCAGACGCUGGCCAGGAAUGGCAGCCGCCUGGCGGAGGCAGAGUCCUGGUUCAAAAGAGCCCUGCAGUUGGCGCCCUUGGAGCCCAGUUCGCAUCAUCAUUAUGCCGACUUCCUGGAGCAGCAGGAGCGUCAUCAUGAAGCCCUCAGUCUUCGCUUGCGAGCCGCUGCCUUGGCGCCCCACGAUUACACCCUGCAAUCAUGCGUGGCGGACGCACUGCGUCUGCUGAAUCGCCUGGCCGAGGCGGAGCUGUGGUAUCGAAAAGCGGUCACCCUUCAGCCACUGGCUGCCCAUGCCCACGCCAAUCUGGGCGCCAUUCUGCAGAUGCGUGGUCUUCGGAAGGAAGCAGUGGCGUGCUAUCACAAGGCCUUGGAGCUCCAGCCAGGACAUGCCAUCAGCAGAGCAAAUCUGGCCAGGAUGAAUGUGCACAAGGACGAAAAUGAAUGAGAAUACACAGCUAGGGAAAUAAAAAAUGUAAAUAAAUUUUAGAUAGAAGAGAAUAUAUAUUUUGUAAAAAUAAAGA